AUGGCAAGGUGGCAAAUAAUGCUUUCAGAAUUUGACAUAGUCUAUGUGAGUCAAAAGGCUAUAAAAGGAAGCGCGAUAGCAGAAUUUCUAGUUAGCAGGGCCUUUGAAGAUUAUGAGCCGUUGAGCUUUGAUUUCCUUAAUGAGGAGUUGAUGUAUGUGGUAGUCAUUGAGGAAUAUCCUUGGAAGCUAAAUUUUGACGGCGCAUCUAACGUAGUAGGAAAUGGAAUUGGGGCAGUCUUGGUAUCCCCAAAUGCCAAAGAGCGGAAAAUCAGAACCUUGGAAGUAUAUGGAGACUCUGCAUUGGUAAUAUACCAGCUUAGGGGUGAAUGGGAGACAAUGGACCCUAAAUUGAUUAAUUAUCGAAAUGUAGUCUUGGAGUUACUUGAGGAGUUUGAUAAAAUCACCUUCAAUUAUCUUCCACGGGACAAAAAUCAGAUGGCAAAAGCUUUGGCAACAUUGGCUUCUAUGAUUAAAGCAAAUAAACAAGAGGAUGUGAGACCAAUUCAGAUGAGCAUUUCUGAGGUUCCGGCUCAUUGCUGUAGCAUUGAAGAAGAGGAAAGGAUGACCAUCCUUGGUAUCAAGAUAUACUACGGUAUGUGA